GCCACUCCGUUCCCCUCCCAAACAAAGCACAGCACAAAACUUGCUUUGCUCUAAAUCUCGCUUCACUGCGAGCGCUUCAGCGGAGAAGGAAGAAGGAAAAAAAAAGACAAUUCGUAGCGAAAAUCAGCAAACAAAGAAGAAAGGAAUUUCCAUAAGAAAUCGCCCAAUCCCACUUCCUCUUCUUCUCUCGAGGCUUCGGAACGGUUUGGCAACUUAGCCAGGAUGGUGGCGAUCGAGAACCAGAGCCAGGUCGCGCGGGCGGUGGCGGCGGAGGCGGGGCCGCGGAUCCCCAAGGAGGCGCGGCGGCUGCUGCACGAGCUGGCGGCGGCGUGGGCGGACGUGGCGGACUGCCGCGCGCUCCAGGUCGUGCCGCUCAAGGGCGCCAUGACCAACGAGGUGUACCAGGUGCGCUGGCUCACCGGCGUCCCCUCCGCGGGCGGCGAGGCGGAGGAGCCCCGGGGGGAGAGGGAGGUGAGGAAGGUGCUCGUGCGGAUAUACGGCGACGGCGUCGACCUCUUCUUCGACCGAGAGGACGAGGUGCGCACCUUCGAGUGCAUGUCCCGCCACGGCCAGGGUCCCCGCCUCCUCGGCCGCUUCCCCAACGGCCGCGUCGAGGAGUUCAUCCACGCAAGGACACUGUCAGCUGCGGACCUUCGUGAUCCUGAGAUUUCAGCUCUCGUUGCUUCCAAACUGAGGGAAUUCCACAACCUUGACAUGCCUGGUCCCAAAUCUGUGCUCAUUUGGGAGAGACUAAGGAACUGGCUCAAAACUGCUAAGAACUUAUGCUCAUCUGAUGAAGCCAAAGAAUUUCGGUUGGACAGCCUGGAGAAUGAGAUUACUGCAUUGCAUAAUGAUGUUUCAGGUGAUUACCACUGGAUUGGUUUUUGUCACAACGAUCUUCAGUACGGCAACAUCAUGAUCGAUGAAGAGACCAACAUGCUGACCAUCAUUGAUUAUGAGUAUGCAAGCUUUAACCCAGUUGCAUACGACAUUGCUAACCAUUUCUGUGAGAUGGCGGCUGACUAUCAUUCAGCGAAUCCUCAUAUCCUGGACUACAGCAAAUAUCCAGAUAUGGAUGAGCAGAAACGUUUCGUCAAGACGUACCUGAGCAUUUCUGCAGGUGAGGAACCUGAUGCGGAAGAGGUGGAGAAUCUGCUCCAAAGCAUUGACAAGUACACGCUCGCCAGUCAUCUAGUAUGGGGCCUGUGGGGAAUAAUCUCGGAUCAUGUCAACGACAUUGACUUCGACUACAAGGAGUAUGCAAGGCAGAGAUUCGAGCAGUACUGGCAGAAGAAGCCUGCAAAUCUGCAAUCUUGACUUCUUGAACAUGUGAAUAAAACACCCAUGGCCUCAGGGGCUCCUUGAGGGCCUGUGUUGCGCACACGAGGUGUCCAAUGUCACUGACAAAGCGAGAAGCUGUUGAAAAUGAUACUGACAACAAUGAUGACGAAGAACCCCGUCUUGGGUUCCGGAACUUGAUUGGCUUCGGCUUCAUCUUCAUGAAGGAAGAAGCUAUGGGUCUUUGGUUCCUCGUUUGUACAGUACGAAGGCAAGGCAACGAUGAUAAAAGCGCCGGGGUUGCGUGCUGUAUGCUCAGUUUGGCUAGCACUGCCGUGGGCUGUGGUGCUGUUGCUGUUGUGUGCUCCCAGUUUCUGUAUGCUUGAUGCUAAUAUAGUGGAGAUUUUGGCUAUGUGCUUUGAGACAAUGGCAUACUUUGUAUAGUGUGUACAAUACAAAGCUAAAGGUAGAAUACUUGUUGGUACAACAGCCAUGUAUAUUGUGGAAAUGGAUAAUAAGCAUUUCCAAAGGAACUCGUGAGUUGAAUAAUUGCACUAUUUCCU